AUGACACGAGAAAUAGAUGACUUGGAAAUCUCUUACGUGAGUACAUCAACAAGCGAACAUGCAACUGAUGCUACAAUGCAAAUGGAUGAUGACUCUAAUGGUGCUGCCGCUGCCACAGAGAAUGAAUAUAGUAAAUUUAUGUUGCGUAAACCUAAGUCAGGUCGAUGGUGGAAAUCGAUUCGGAAAGAAAGGUCCUUCUCUAUUGUAAAAGUGAAGCCGCUGAAAUCUUCAUGGGAACGUAAGAUGCGUGCAAAAGCAGAACUGGAAAAUGUUAAAAAGAUACAGCAAAAAAUACGUGAUGAGCUAGCUGCCAAAAAAGCGGCUAAAGUGGAGGCUCGGAAGGAGCAUGAAAGGAGACAAAAAGAAAAUGAGAGGAAAGCAGAAAUCGUCCAAGUUAUUAAGAACACACGCAAGCUAAAUAAAACGAAAAAGAAGCAGCUAAGGAGAAUCGAGAAACGUGACACGAAUUAA